AUGAGAGCCCUGGUCCUCGCCCCCAAGGACAAAUUUGUCACCGUACAAGACAUUCCUAUUCCUGAACCCAGCCCAUCGGAGAUUUUGAUCCGGGUUGGCGCUGUUGCGUUGAACAGAGUUGAUUGGCUAUAUACUGCCAACCCUGUAGCUACGCAGGACUACCGCGUGGUCGGAAGUGAUUUUGCAGGCGAGGUUGUAAAGGUUGGCUCAGAUCUUGACAAAGUGGAUGAUUCCCGUGUCAAAGUCGGCACGAGAGUUGCAAGUUUUGUGCAGGCUUGCUCUGUCAACGAGCGACCGGGCGCAUUUGCUCAAUACGUCUGCAUUGAGUGGGAUCUCGCGUGGCACAUCCCCGAUAACAUGUCCUUUGAAGAAGCCGCCGGCAUCAGUUUGUGCGGUCUCACUGCAGCCCAGGGGGUUUUCAGUCGCCUUCAACUUCCUUGUCCGUUUGCCGAAACCGAGGGUUAUGGUCACCUUGGCCUGAACUCUGGCGACCAUGUCAAUAUUCUUAUCUAUGGAGCGACUACAUCUCUCGGUCUUUUUGCUGCUCAAUUGGUCCGCCUGAGCGAGAAGUUUUCGGGCACUAAGGUCAAUCUUAUCGGGGUAGCAAGUGCCUCGAAACAUGACCUACUUCGGGCAAAGCCCUAUGCUUUUGAUGCUCUGAUCGACUACCAUGAUGUCGAUUGGACUGAGCAAGUCAAGAAACUGACUGCUAACACUGGUGGUGUGCACUAUGCAGUUGAUGCUGUAUCUGUUUCGCCAACUGUUGAGCAAGUCGAAUCAAUUUUGGCUCCUGGCGGUCGCUUCACAGUGUACCGAAGUCCAGCUCUGGGAAAAUUUGACAAUACUAAAUUGCGCAUCAAGCCCUUGAUCGGCGCUGUUUGGGAGGGCUUGGGAGUUGAAAUCGGUUACCAAGGUGCGAGUAUUCCAGCGAAUCCUCAAGCACGCAAGUUCGCUGCCGAAUUCUUCAAUUUUCUUGGUUCAGAAGCUUGCCAGCGCAAGGUCAAGCUGUAUAGCAACCCCGUUCGUCAAAUGCCUGGUGGUCUUGAUAAGAUUGCCGAAGAGGGCCUGCCACUUAUUUCUCCAAACAAGGUGCCGGGAGUUCGUGCAGUUAGUGCCGAGAAGGUUGUCUAUACUAUCGCAUAA